AUGAAUGCUAUUUAUAUGGCUCUCAAUGUCUCGAAUUUUGCAAUCUUCAUAAUCAAUUGGCACCACAAAAAGAAUUCUUUCAGCAUGUUCUCAUAUUUAAUUUUGCUUCUUUCGAUCUUACCAUGGGCCCUCUCAGUUGGUAUACUUCCUCCCAACUGUAGGCUAUGGACAAGAUCUACAGAAGUUCCGGAUGUGCUACUAGGAUAUUAUACUUUCAAUGGUGUAACUUACUUAGGGGCAAAUGUAGAGUCAAGAGAUACAUUCAACAUAGAUUCUGAUACAGGUGCACUUUACGGCGAUGAUGGUAGAUUCUGUGUUGCUCUGGGGUCCAAUUACUAUAUUUUUGCUAAUACUCCCGGUCAAACGAAAUUUUCAGUAUCUUAUGUGGCAGAUGGUAUCCAGAUUACUAAUACAGCGACUGAUAUUUAUUUAUGUAACAUAGCUGCCUUAGGAGGGGCCGUGCUUACUACUACUAUCCUUGGUGCCACUAGAUGCCCUCUUGUUACGUUGUACGCAAUUCCAUCUGAACUUAUCGGUCUACUUGCUGUUAACACUAACCUAUAUGCACAAGGUACAGGUUUUGCUGAUGUACAACUUGGAUACUACACUUUCAAUGGUACAACUUACUUAGCAGUAACUGAAAACUCCCAAAACAAAUUCAAUGUAGAUUCAUCUAAUUUCAGCCUUUAUAGCGACGAUGGUAAGUUCUGUGUUGUUCCGGAAUCCAAUUACAUCACAUUUGCCCCUAGCCCUGGUGCAACAGAAUUUGAAUUAUGGUAUGUGCAAGAUAAAAUUGAGCUUACAUAUAAAGCAACUGUGUUCUAUUUAUGCCAGUCAACCACCUUAGGCGCAACUGUACUUACUACUAAUUUAACCGAUACUAGUAGCUGCCGUCAGGUUAGCUUAUUCAUGUUUAAUCCUGCUCUAGUCAAUCCUACCGAUCCUACCGAUCCUACUGGUCCUACUGGUCCUACUAAUCCUACAGGCCCUACAGGCCCCACAGUUCCUACUACUCCUACAGGUCCUACUACUCCCACUCGUCCUACUACUCCUACUAGUCGUACAACAUCUACUGGUUCUACUAAUCGAGGAACAUCUACUAGUGGAAGAACAUCUGCUAGCCGUACAGCUUCUACAAGUCCAACUACUGUAAGAAAAUCCUCUGCACCUACAAAACCUACGGUCCAAGAAACUUCUAGACGAGAACCGUCCGACAUAACCGCACCAUCCAUAGCUCCAUUAUUUGCUAUAGAUGAAGAUGGAAACAAAAUAUCAUUAAGUACCAUUGAAAUUUUGGUGAAUGCUACAGCGGAUGAGAUUGCCAAACGGGAGAAUAGGAAAGCUAUCGCUGGACUUACUUAUUUGGUAGCAGAUAUUACAGAUUCUUCGGGGUUCUAUAUUCAGGAUGGCAGGCUUUACGAUGCAGAUGGUCGCACGGCUGUUAAUCAAGAUUCAAAGUUCAUCACAUUUGCUUCCGAAGGAGGAUUGAUAGGAUUUGAGCACUCCGAAAAUGGCUAUUUGUCUUUCAGAGGAGAAUCGAAUUUCUAUUAUUGUUACUUGGAUGGAGGAAAUACCACUUUCAAGGCAGUUUCCCUUGAAGAUACUGGAUCUUGUAAUGUUACUUCACUUAUAUUGGGAGGCAGUGCUGAUGAAGGAUCUACCAUGAUCACUACUGUGUUCCUCUUCACUGAAACUAGAACCAUCACCGAAUGUUCAUCAACAGUGACCGAUUGUCCAGGCUCCUCUAAAUUCGUUCAUACUAUUACUACAACAUACUGUCCGGACACGGAACCUGGUCCAUAUACAAUCACUUUAUAUGCAGCAGUAGAAACUGGAGAUGGAGGUGAUAUUCAAACUCGUACAUUUAUAACUACAAUAGGCGACACAUCACUUUCUUCUUCUGUUCAAGGAUCUGGGCCAACAGAGAUCCCUACUUUUAAUAGUGCCGGUACUUUAACUCGUGGGUUGGGUUUAGUCAUGGCGGCUUGUAUUAUAUUUUUGCUUUGAUUCUUUUCUUGUUUUGAUUAUGAGGACUUGGUAUUAAAAGGAACUACAAUUCUGUAUCUUAAUAAUAAAGAUAUGUAUAUGUUUUUAAAAGCACGCUUGUAAUGUAAUCUCCAAGUUUAGAUAAAUUGUAUGCUACUGAUCUAACAAAUACAAGUAAGGCUGGAACGUAGUUCAUGAUUUAAAAUCAUUUUUAGUUCAUCAUCUAUGUUGAUCAAAAGAAUGAGUAAGUGGUUAUUCUUUUUUCUAGUUUUUGAAGAGGUUAAUAGUAGAUAUGAUGUUUCUGACACUCUUUUAGAGGCCAGAACCCAUUAAGAAUUCGAAGGCAUCCUCAUUAGUAA